GGUCCUCCCGCCACGCCCCACCGAACUGGGCGCACGCUCCGGCGCGGCAACAUCUCCACCGUCCGCUCGGCUUCCACGGAGCACGUCCGUAUCCUCAGUAAAAACGUACCCACACCAGAGUCAGGAUGGGGAUUUUGCAACACAAACCUAGGAGUUUUGUGAGUCACGCAUGACAAGUUGCGCUCUGCAGUGUAGUGCAGGUUAGCAAGUGCAGCCGCGUCACAGAUUCAUCUGCUCAUCCUGUUCACAGCAUCACAAAUUCCAAAACACGACUGGAAAUGGUUCUCAUGGGGAUGCGCAUUACCAGUCUUCCUGUCUUUGCAAAUCUGCAUUACAACUCUGGCGUGGGGACGUUUUUCCUCAGGAUAGUCCGCGAAACGCCCCCACGCCUAGCGCCCGACCCCGUGAUUGCCGCUCG